AUGGAGGAUGGACAAAAUUUUAAGUUGAUUUACGAAAAACGGAAGAGUGACGUAAUCAGCGAAAUUGACAAAGGGCGAAAAAAACAACAACUCGAAAACAGACAUAAGUUAAUUCCGAUCGUCCGAGCCGUUUUGCUGUGUAGCAGGCAAGGAUUAGCAUUAAGAGGUCAUCGAGAUCAGGGCUCUUUAUCACGGAAAAUGCCGGUAGAAAACGACGGGAAUUUCAGAGCGUUACUUCGUUAUGCCCUAGACAACGGCGAUCAAGCUUUGGCCAAUCAUUUAAAUACUGCGGGUGCGAAUUCAACGUAUUUAAGCUAUCGUAUUCAAAAUGAAAUAAUUGAUGCAGCAGGGAAACAAAUAACGACGAAUAUUGUGCAACGUGUAAACAAAUCUAGAUAUUUUUCUGUCAUUGCUGACGAAAGUACGGAUGUGAGUGGCAUUGAACAGUUUUCAAUAUGCGCUCGAUUUGUCGAUAAAAUGGACGAAUACAAAAUUCGAGAAGACUUUUUGUGCUUUAUCCCUGUUGAGGACGUUACCGGAAAGGGGCUUGCAAAUACGUUGCUGACCACGAUGGAAAACAUUGGCAUAAACCUGGCCAAUAUGAGAGGGCAAGGUAUGUGUUAA